AUGGUAAAUUCUACCGUAUGUUGUGCAUUUGAUUCACCGAUUUUGGAUAAGGUUCUACCUCCGGUCCUCAUCUUGGAAUUCAUGUUUGGGCUGCUGGGGAACUCUGUCGCCCUGUUGAUGUUCAUCCUUCGCCUAGAAGCAUGGAAGCCCAAUGCCGUGUAUCUCACUCACCUGGCAGUGGCUGAUUCAGUCGUUCUUUUCUGUCUUCCGUUCCGAGCAGACUACUACCGACGCGGCAAGGACUGGAUUUUCGGCGACGCAUUUUGCCGCAUCCUGCUGUUCCUGUUGGCAGCCAACAGAGCGGCAGGCAUCUUCUUCCUUACAGCUGUGGCAGUGGACCGCUACCUAAAGAUCGUUCACCCUCACAACCGCAUUAACUAUAUGGGAUUAAAAUAUGCCUUAUUCGUCUCCUGUGGUCUGUGGGCGCUGGUUGUGGCUGUCACUGCAUACCUGCUCUCUGAUAAGCAUUUUUUCGACCAUAAUAAUCGCACCCAGUGUGAAAGCUUUAACAUUUGUAUGGGAUUCAACCCCUUGUCUACUUGGCACAACAUUUUCUAUGUCAUUCAGUUUUUUAUCCCUACGGCCAUCGUCACUUUUUGCACUGUUUGCGUAACAUGGCAAUUAAAGAAUAAGACAGUGGACACUCAGGGCAAAAUCAAGAGGGCCGUGCAUUUCGUACUGGCUGUAGCGCUAGUCUUCAUCAUCUGUUUCUUUCCCAGCAGCAUGUCUCGCAUUGCCGUUUGGAUACUCAAAGCGUGGUACGACGAAUGCUCUUAUUUUCAGGAGGCUAACCUUGCGUUCUACACUUCUGUGUGUUUCACGUACUUUAACAGCGUCUUGAACCCUUUAGUCUACUACUUUUCCAGUCCUGCCUUUAGUGGAACUUUCCAGAAAUUCUUCAGCAGACUUUCCAACUGGAAAAAAUCUGAGGGAGAGCUCUCAACCAACCGCAACAGCAGCACGACGGAAACAACCGGCACCUAA